AAGCGCCAUUUUGGGCCUCUUACCAUGCAUUGUGAAUUCCCUCCUGAACGCGCACUGGACCCUCCUAUAUUAACGCAGCACAAAGUCUUUUCACAAGCAGUCGAUUUAAUCUCCCCCACAAUGCCGGGCUUACCGGCUCCUUUGACAUCAUCUGCUCCUCCCAAGAUUCCGAAACCUCGAGGUGAAGUCAGUCGUCUCAACCGAGGAGGCUACAACUUACAAGAGAAAUUAGGGUGGUCACUAUCAGAAUACGAAGACAUC